UAUUGUUGACAUUGAUCAGCUGUGUGAGGGAUACCACCGUAGUGAGAUCACAAUGGCUUCUGCAUCUUUCCUCAAAUGGUUCCCUGGGACACUAUAUAACUCGUCCCUUAACGUGGUGGUGCUGCACUAUAACAGUGUCAGGCAUGAACUACGUAUAUUCCCUCCCUCUGUCCAGUUUGAUGUACUUUAUAAGCUGUACAAGUAUGGGUGCCUGGCAGAGCUUCGUGGGGAGCUGUGCAGCCUGGACGUGCUCACCAGGAUGCUCAAGGUGGUCGACAAGAGACACCUACUGCACCACUGCUUCCAGGCUUUGAUGGACCAGGCACCAGGGGAUCACAGCAGCAAAAUAUCAUCAUUAUUAGCCCAAGCUUAUGUUCAAAGAUGCAAUCAAGACUUGAUGCUGGAUCAACAACAAAUAGACAACCUAGUAAUCCAAGGAUUGGCAGUGUCAGCAUUUUUAGCAGAAGCUGGCUGGCUCCCAGAUGCUGAGAAUAUCUUGACCUCCUGCCAGGGUCUCCUUGCAAACUCCACUGAACCCCAACAAAUGACCCGAGCCCUUGAAUGCUGCCACAGACUACUUCAUGUACAGAAUGGGUACUGUAGAUUUGAGGAAGCCGAGCGAACAUACAACCAGGCGAUGCAGCUGGUCAGGCAGCUACAACAGGCAGGAGCAUCUCCUAACCUUGCCUCUCUCUACUCAGAGUUUUCUACACUGUAUAUGCUUAGAUCUAACUAUGCAGAGGCAUACAGUUGGAGUGUGAAAGCUCUGCAAGCGUUGGUUGCCAACUUUCCGAAGCCACCUCUCAUUGAUGUCUUGAGACAGUCAGCAAAAGCAUGUGUCCUAAAACGAGAAUUUAAGAAGGCUGGGUUGCUAAUUAAACAGGCUGUUAUGAUUGCAACUGAAGUGUUUGGUGAUAAGCAUCCAAAGUAUGCAGACACACUCAUCGAUUAUGGUUUUUACCUCCUUAAUGUAGAUGCCAUAAGUCAAGGUGUACAAGUAUAUCAGACUGCGUUAGAUGUUCGUCAUAGUGUGUUUGGAGGCAUAAACCUACAUGUAGCUAUUGCUCAUGAAGACUUGGCAUAUGCCUCAUAUGUCCAUAAUUAUGCUUAUGGAAAAUUCACUCAUGCUAGAACACAUGCUGAAAGGGCUAUUGAACUGAUGCUCCGCCUCCUUCCUGAAGACCAUCUUCUUCUCUCCUCAAGCAAGAGAGUUAAAGCAUUGAUAUUAGAAGAAAUGGCUAUUGACAAUCCUAGUAAAGAUGUUGAAAAGAAGUACCUUGCUGAAGCACACUCACUGCACAAGGAGGCAUUAGCAAUGGCAAUGCGUGCCUUUGGUGAGAUGAAUGUCCAAACUGCUAAGCACUAUGGUAACUUGGGCCGACUUUACCAGUCAAUGCGUCUCUUUCAGUUAGCGGAGGAGAUGCACUUAAAAGCAAUCAUGAUCAAGGAACAGCUUCUUGGGCCUGAGGACUACGAGGUAGCACUGUCAGUGGGUCACCUUGCCUCCCUCUACAACUAUGAUAUGAUUAAGUUUGAAAAAGCAGAGCAAUUGUAUCUCAGAUCCAUUUCCAUUGGCAAGAAGCUCUUUGGAGAAGGCUACUCUGGUCUUGAGUAUGACUAUCGGGGCUUACUACGUGUGUACAGCAUUGAGGGAAAUGUGGAGAAGUGCAUCAAGUACCAAAACAUUUUGGCAUAUUGGAAACUUCUACGAGAUGAAGCCCAGGAAACACAAACGUCACCCUUUAAUGAACUCACAGAACCUCUACGGGUUACCGACACAUUAAAUCAGUUUAUGUCUAUGUCAUGAAUGAUGCAUAAGAAUGUGUGUUAGUCAGUUCGGUUUUACUAAUAUUUUUUCAGUGCUGCAGCUAUGCGAAAGAAACUGCAUUUGGCCUAACUUUGAAUGCAGAUUUCUCAGCAACUCCAAUGCAGACUGGAGAGUCAUACUCGUGUGGUGCAUUUAAGUCGUGGGAUACAUUCACUGAGCAAUACUAGCAAGUGGCACACUGUACAUAUUCUAAGGUAAUUUUAUUGUUGGGUACACUUGGUCUGUUAUAAUAGAAGCAUGGUUUCAAAAUGCAUUGUGCCAGUAGAAAUUUUAGCACUUAAAAUGUUAAUUCAAGCAACAUUUGACUGCAUUAAAGCAUAAAAUUCAUACACGAUUGUUCCAUUUGGCUUGAUUGCUCAAAGAGAACAGACUUAAAUAAUUAGUUAUUAAUGACUGAAUCAGUAUGUUCAGACUAACUUGUUAAAUUGACCCAGUCAUUGUCAAGUUAUUUUAACACUUUACAAACACUGCACUCCAGUUGCUAUAUGCCAUUUAGUUGGCUGAUGUGUCAGUUCAUAGUACAGUAAUAUUGUAGAUCUAUGUCUGUUAGAAAUGAGCAUUUCAGAAUUGACCAAGUCAUUGGUAAUGUUUGAUAAUGGAAGCUUGUUGUGACACUGUUACAUGUGUAUUAAUAGUCUUGAUAUUUAGACUGUAACAUGAGCAGCAAUGAUGAGUAUAAUAAGACUUCAGAAAUACUAUAUAUUUUGUGCUAGUUUAUGAUGAAGUUCUUCAUGUCUGUCACUAUGGAACAGGUAUCACAAGUCAAAUUUAAUUAAGAUGGUGAUCAGUGAGCAAUGCUCUCACCAUAGGGAUUACAAUACAGUUAACUGUUUUUUUUCCUCCAUAGUUUAAGAUAAUUAUUAUUAUAAUCAUAACUAAGCACUAAAGCCACAAGCGUCUCCACAGUCGUGAUUGCAUGUGAUGACCCAGGAUUUUCAGAAAGCACUUAGGAAUGGCAACAUUUUGUGAAGUACAUAGUUACUUUUCCACUUUUUGUUAGGAUUAAUACUAAGGGUGUAUGUUAUGAAUGUGGCAUUUAUUCAACAGCCAAUUUAACCAUACAUUUUGUGUUCACAUUUCAUCUACAAUAUAUUUACCCUAGUCAUGCUAUUGACAUUUUUCCUCCUUUUUAGUCUCCUGACCAUUAUCUGAUCUUUUAUUAAUCUUCUUAUUUUUCAAGAUUAAAAUUGCAUCUUGUUCAUUUCUGUUUUGGUUAUUAAUGUGGUACAGGUGUGUCUCACUUUUGUGACAGAUGUGUUCCAGGCUGAUAGCACCAAGUGAACCCAUUAUAACGUGUACAAUGUGUAUUUGUUCUCAGACUUUGCAAUUUCCAUUUCUUGACAAAUGUUUACUAAAAAUAUAUGAGCUUGCCAAACAUGCACCGUAUGGUCUUUUUUUUUUUUUUUUUAACACGGCCAUCUCCCACCAAGGCAGGGUGACCCAAAAAAGAAAAAAUCUUUCACCAUCAUUCACACAUAAUCACUGUCUUUGCAGAGGUGCCCAGACAUGACAGUUUAGAUGUCACUCCAAACAGCCAGUAUAAAAAUAAAAUUUGGUCAAAAGUAGCCAAGAAAAAAUAAAAUCCAAGAUUCAGUCAUAGUCCCUGUAUGAUACAAAAUUGGAAAAAACAAUCCACAUUUCUUGACUUAAAAAAAAAAAAUACCAGAUAUUCACCAAAUGGGCAUAUACAAAAAAGUAAAUGAAUUUUGAGUUUCAUUUUUUACUUGACUAAUUGUAACCACAGGAUUUCAUUAAGAAUGUUCUAAUUGAACUUACCACACCUUAAUUUUUCUUACUGAAAAGUAUUUCUUGUGAAUGUCAUUUAAACCAGUUUAGAGUGAAAUUUUAAGAUAUGCAGCUUUUAAAAAUUUGUGGUGCUGGGCUAGGGUGGUCACACAAGUGCAAAAAUCUCACAGGAACCUUCUGUGCCUGUCACACAACAGUGAAUUUUUUUCUUUAUAGACAGCUCCUGAUAAAAUAGGGUUGCUGCAUAUAAGCAAAUCCAUAUAAAAUGGGGGAAAAGUGUAGUUUUUAUUCCCUAGAAUCAAACUGUCAAGAGAACCACCAAGGUGAGCCUAUGUGUAUGCCUGCAUACGUACUUGUUUUCUGCACAGAGCCAAUUGCGUAGGUUUAUCCUUUUGAAAUUGCUUUCCUUGCAGCUUUAUGAAAUGCCAUUUAGUAUUAAUUUUUACUUUAUCAAGCAAUAACACUAAGGUAUGCUACGUUUCUCUGAUUUUCGAGCAGCUUUAAUUUUCUUUUUUCCCAACACGUUGGCCGUCUCCCACCGAGGCAGGGUGACCCAAAAAGAAACUUUCACCAUCAUUCACACAUAAUCACAGUCUUUGCCUAGUGAGACAUACCUGUGACCAGCUUGUUGAAUUCAACUCUAAGUCUGUGCCAAAGCCAGUCUCCAUUGAUGAUUGCCUAGCCAACUAGGCUGUUGCUGUUAGCAACCCACAGGAUACAUAGCCAUCUCAUUUUGGUUGAUCUGGCACGUUUAGAAGGGCGUGAUCCAGUUUCCCUAUUGCCAUUACAUAAACAGACCUAGAAAUUUGAAUAUAUUAUAUAGUCAGAUGUUGAAGGAGGCAAAGAUCUUGGGAAAAUUACAGGUUAUAGCUUAAGAGAUACAAAAAUCAUUGUGAUUAUGUAUUGGAUUGAAAUUUAAAUAUUUUGCUUACAGGGCACCAUAAAAUAUUGUUCUUAAUAGGAAUGUUAUUGUAGGUAGAAGGUUGGUAGACAGCAACCACCCAGGGGGGUACUACCAUCCUGCCAAAUGAGUGUGAAACGAAAGCCUGUAAUUGUUUUACGUGAUGGAGGAUUGCUGGUGUCCUUUUUUCUGUCUCAUAAACAUGCAAGAUUUCAGGUAUGUCUUGCUACUUCUACUUACACUUAGGUCACAUUACACAUACAUGUACAAGCACAUAUAUACACACCCCUCUGGGUUUUCUUCUAUUUUCUUUCUAGUUCUUAUUCUUGUUUAUUUCCUCUUAUCUCCAUGGGGAAGUGGAACAGAAUUCUUCCUCCAUAAGCCAUGCGUGUUGUAAGAGGCGACUAAAAUGCCGGGAGCAAGGGGCUAGUAACCUCUUCUCCUGUAUAUAUUACUAAAUGUAAAAGGAGAAACUUUUGUUUUUCCUUUAGGGCCACCCCGCCUCGGUGGGAUAUGGCCGGUUUGUUGAAAGAAAGAAGGAAUGUUACACUGCAAUUGGUCUGAAUUUAGUUGUGGAUUAUGAGUAGGUGUUUAUACUUGUGGUAAGAGGUAAAUAAGAGUUGUUUAACUGAAAUAUGUGGGUGUUAUGAGGUAAAAGUCCUUUGUGAUGCACUCAGUGAGCCAAAUUUCUUCCAUCAUGAGCCAAGAUAUUAGAGUUUUUGUUGAUUUUAUAGUUUCUAUAUUGCUGUUAAUAAUUGUUAAUUUUGUUUUCUCUAAAACCCUGAAUGCACCCUAAGAAACCAUACUGAGAAAUGUAAGCUGAAAAUUAGCUUGUAUAAAUGGAACUAAUAUGGGGUUAUAGAUAUGUACUUUGUAAUAUAAUUUGUUACUUAGGCUAAUGGUUAUUUUGCUUACCAAGGAUGUGUACCUUUUAUUGAAAUGAGAUUAUGUAUAUAAAUCUUAUGCAGAGUAUUUUUGAAAAGUGCAUUAAUUCAGAUAGAAAUGUGGAAAUGUAAUAAAUGUUUGUUGAGUU